AUGAUUUGGUAUGUGGCCACUUUGAUAGCAAGUGUGAUCAGCACCCGAGGUCUCGCGGCUCAAGCUGCCCACGGCCUGCGAGAGGAGCCCGAGUUUGUGACAGCGCGAGCUGGCGAGGCCGUGGUUCUGCGAUGCGACGUGAUCCACCCGGUGACAGGGCAGCCCCCGCCCUAUGUUGUGGAGUGGUUCAAGUUCGGGGUGCCCAUCCCUAUCUUCAUCAAGUUUGGCUACUACCCACCCCACGUGGACCCUGAGUAUGCAGGCCGAGCGAGUCUUCAUGACAAAGCUUCGCUGCGGCUGGAGCAGGUGCGCUCUGAGGACCAGGGCUGGUACGAGUGCAAAGUGCUCAUGCUGGACCAGCAGUAUGACACCUUCCACAACGGCAGCUGGGUGCACCUCACCAUCAACGCUCCCCCCACCUUUACAGAAACACCCCCCCAGUACAUUGAGGCCAAGGAGGGGGGCAGUGUCACCAUGACCUGCACAGCUUUUGGGAACCCCAAGCCGAUUGUCACCUGGCUCAAGGAGGGGACACUCCUAGGUGCUAGUGGGAAAUACCAGGUGAGUGAUGGGAGCCUGACGGUGACGUCGGUCAGUCGGGAGGACAGAGGUGCCUACACCUGUCGCGCAUACAGCAUCCAGGGAGAGGCAGUCCACACCACCCACCUGCUUGUGCAAGGGCCUCCCUUCAUAGUGUCCCCUCCUGAGAACAUCACUGUCAACAUAUCCCAGGAUGCUCUGCUUACCUGCCGGGCGGAGGCGUAUCCCGGCAACCUCACUUACACCUGGUACUGGCAGGAUGAGAAUGUCUACUUUCAGAAUGACCUGAAGCUGAGAGUGCGGAUCCUCAUCGACGGCACCCUGAUCAUCUUCCGGGUGAAGCCUGAGGAUGCAGGGAAGUACACCUGCGUCCCUAGCAACAGCCUGGGGCGCUCCCCCUCGGCCUCCGCCUACCUGACUGUGCAGUACCCAGCCCGUGUCCUCAACAUGCCCCCCGUAAUCUACGUGCCCGUGGGAAUUCACGGCUAUAUCCGCUGCCCCGUGGACGCAGAGCCGCCGGCCACCGUGGUCAAGUGGAACAAGGACGGCCGCCCCCUGCAGGUCGAGAAGAAUCUCGGUUGGACCCUGAUGGAGGACGGCUCCAUCCGCAUCGAGGAGGCCACAGAAGAGGCCCUUGGCACCUACACCUGUGUGCCUUACAACACCUUGGGGACCAUGGGCCAGUCUGCUCCCGCGCGGCUCGUCCUGAAGGACCCCCCGUACUUCACGGUGCUACCAGGCUGGGAGUACAGGCAGGAGGCCGGCCGGGAGCUCCUGAUCCCCUGUGCUGCUGCGGGGGACCCCUUCCCUGUCAUCACCUGGAGAAAGGUAGGGAAGCCCAGCAGAAGCAAGCACAGCGCCCUGCCCAGCGGGAGCCUCCAGUUCCGAGCCCUGAGCAAGGAGGACCACGGCGAGUGGGAGUGCAUCGCCACCAACGUGGUCACCAGCAUCACUGCCAGUACCCACCUGACCGUCAUCGGCACCAGCCCCCACGCCCCAGGCGGAGUCCGGGUCCAGGUCUCCAUGACAACUGCCAACGUGUCCUGGGAGCCCGGCUACGAUGGAGGAUUCGAGCAGACAUUCUCAGUUUGGUACGGACCUCUGAUGAAGCGGGCGCAGUUUGGACCCCAUGACUGGCUGUCUCUGCCAGUGCCCCCGGGACCCAACUGGCUGCUCGUGGAUGCCCUGGAGCCCGAGACGGCGUACCAGUUCAGCGUCCUGGCCCAGAACAGGCUGGGGACGAGCGCCUUCAGUGAGGUGGUCACUGUGAACACUUUAGCAUUCCCCAUCACAACCCCAGAACCCCUGGUGCUGGUUACCCCACCGCGGUGCCUCACAGCCAAUCGGACCCAGCAGGGUGUGCUGCUGUCCUGGCUCCCACCUGCCAACCACAGCUUCCCCAUCGACCGCUACGUCAUGGAGUUCCGUGUCGGAGAGCGCUGGGAGAUGCUAGACGAUGCCAUCCCAGGCACCGACGGAGACUUCUUUGCCAAGGAUCUGUCACAGGACACCUGGUAUGAGUUCCGGGUUUUGGCCGUCAUGCAGGACCUGGUCAGCGAGCCCAGCAACAUCGCCGGUGUCUCCAGCACAGACAUCUUCCCCCAGCCGGACCUGACAGACGACGGCCUGGCGCGGCCCGUGCUGGCUGGCAUCGUAGCCACCAUCUGCUUCCUGGCGGCUGCCAUCCUCUUCAGCACCCUGGCCGCCUGCUUUGUCAACAAGCAGCGCAAGCGUAAGCUCAAGCGCAAAAAAGACCCUCCGCUCUCCAUCACUCACUGCAGGAAGAGCCUGGAGUCCCCCCUGUCCUCGGGCAAGGUGAGCCCAGAGAGCAUCCGGACGCUCCGGGCCCCCUCCGAGUCCUCCGACGACCAGGGCCAGCCCGCAGCCAAGAGAAUGCUGAGCCCCAGCCGGGAGAAGGAGCUGUCCUUGUACAAGAAGACCAAGAGGGCCAUCAGCAGCAAGAAGUACAGCGUGGCCAAGGCGGAGGCCGAGGCCGAGGCCACGACGCCCAUCGAGCUCAUCAGCAGAGGCCCCGACGGCCGCUUUGUGAUGGGGCCCUCCGAGGUGGAGCCCGCGGUGAAGGGCAGGCGCAUCGAGGGCUUUCCCUUUGCGGAGGAGACGGACAUGUACCCCGAGUUCCGCCAGUCUGACGAGGAGAAUGAGGACCCCCUGGUGCCCACCUCGGUGGCUGCCCUGAAGUCCCAGCUGACCCCUCUGUCGUCCAGCCAGGAGUCCUACCUGCCUCCACCAGCAUACAGCCCCCGGUUCCAGCCCCGCGGGCUGGAGGGCCCCGGCGGCCUGGAGGGGCGGCUCCAGGCGACAGGCCAGGCCCGGCCGCCCGCCCCCCGGCCCUUCCACCACGGCCAGUACUAUGGGUACCUGAGCAGCAGCAGCCCCGGGGAGGUGGAGCCGCCGCCGUUCUACAUGCCGGAAGUGGGCAGCCCCCUGAGCUCGGUCAUGUCCUCCCCGCCCCUGCACACGGAGGGGCCCUUCGGCCACCCCACCAUCCCCGAGGAGAACGGAGAGAACGCGUCCAACAGCACGCUGCCCUUGACUCAGACCCCCACGGGCGGGCGCUCCCCGGAGCCCUGGGGCCGGCCGGAGUUCCCCUUCGGGGGCCUGGAAACCCCGGCCAUGAUGUUCCCCCACCAGCUGCACCCCUGUGAUGUGGCCGAGAGUCUGCAGCCCAAGGCCUGCCUCCCCCGAGGACUGCCCCCCACCUCCCUCCAGGUGCCCUCGGCCUACCCGGGCAUCCUGUCUCUGGAGGCGCCCAAGGGUUGGGCAGGCAAGUCGCCGGGCAGAGGCCCCGUCCCAGUGCCCCCCGCCACCAAGUGGCAGGACAGACCCGUGCAGCCGCUGGUGAGCCAAGGGCAGCUAAGACAUACCAGCCAAGGUAUGGGCAUCCCCGUGCUGCCUUACCCCGAGCCGGCCGAGCCGGGGGGACACGGUGGCCCCAGCACAUUCGGCCUGGACACCCGGUGGUACCAGCCGCAGCCCCGGCCCCGGCCCAGCCCCCGGCAGGCCAGGCGCGCCGAGCCCAGUUUACAUCAAGUGGUGCUACAGCCCUCUCGGCUCUCGCCUCUGACCCAAAGCCCCCUCAGCUCCCGCACCGGCUCCCCGGAGCUGGCCGCCCGGGCCCGGCCUCGCCCCGGCCUCCUGCAGCAGGCCGAGAUGUCCGAGAUCACCCUCCAGCCGCCGGCCGCCGUCAGCUUCUCCUGCAAGUCCACGCCGUCCACGGGCUCCCCGUCCCAGAGCAGCCGCAGCGGGAGCCCCAGCUACCGGCCCGCCGUGGGCUUCACCACUCUGGCCACGGGCUACCCCUCCCCUCCUCUGGGCCCUGCGGGGCCUGCGGACAACUUGGAUGUGUUUGGACAGACGCCUUCCCCCCGAAGGAUGGGGGAGGAGCUGCUCAGACCAGAGCCCCCCCCACCACAGUUACCUACUUCAGGGACACAUCCGCCUGCACCCGGGAACGCCGCUGCACCUGAGAGGCUGGAGGCUCUGAAGUACCAACGGAUAAAGAAGCCCAAAAAGUCAUCCAAGGGCUCUUCGAAGUCCAAGAAACGAUCCGACGGUCCUGCCUCCCAGGCUCAGCAGCUUCCAAACUCUCAGGUCCUGUGGCCCGACGAAGCUGUCUGCCUCCGGAAGAAGAAGAGACACUCUCGGCCGGACCCCUUUGCCCGCCUCUCAGACUUGUGCCAUCGCCAGCUUCCGGAAGACCAGACGGCCAUUCUCAACAGCGUGGACCAUGACGACCCCGGCCAUGCCACUCUGCUGUGA